AUGAAGCAAUCAUACCAAGAAGACAUUAUGCUAUGUUUCGUAGAAGGUUUCGGUAACAGUGCCAAAAGAGGAUACAAUAAGUCUAGUCGUGAGUUGAGUGAAAGUGAUGUUUCUGAAGCUCAUUUACCAAUAAAAUCUUCAAAGGGGAAAAGCAAAAAAGUGUCAGUUCAUACAGCGUCAAGUGUUGAUAGUCUGAGUGAAGAAAUAGACAUCAGAAAAGUGGGUGGCAAGUCUUUGAGAUUGUCAUCUGGUGAAAGAUUAAAAACUGUCUCAGAAUUGAAGAGAAGUUUCAGUGACCGUUUCUCUAGAAUUAAUCAUGAAGGAAAGAAAAAAGCUACUAAAGGAAUCUUGACAAUUAAAAAAAACUGGUAA